AAGCAGUGUUUGAAAAACAAUUGGAUUUUGAAACGUAGGUUAGGAGUGAGUUUGUUUUGACUGGCGGCAUCCUGCGGGCAGCGGCCGGAAGUUGUGCACUAAUAGGGAACGUACGCAUCGAAAUAGCUCACAACUUCAUAUUCAGCGAAACGGUCACGCAUGCGACACGGAUGGAGCCGAGGUCCAACUGAUAGCCGGCACUUCCUGACCAGCUGUGACCCGACGCGGCCGCUCAUCGGCAAAAUGCCUUAUCACAAACUACACUAUUACCAGCCUCUUAUUGAUAGAGUCGAAGUGCUGAGAGAUUUAUCAGUCGUCAACGCAACCCGAACGCGUGCCCACAUAAACGAAGUCAUUAUGUAAAAUAUUAACAUGGAAUUAACAUUCAAAAUUAAAAUUGUGACCGUUUGGUGUUAAAAUGGGUGAUUUACUACCGAGUAUCCCAAAGAGUACGUUGUCCAGUGAAGUAGACGGGUACAACUGGAGUGUUGUGGGAUUGGAUGACUACAAGUCUGACGCGGAGUUGGCUGCUGUGGAAUUGUUCAAGGAUUAUCCCGAGGUAUUGCUACGAUUCGCCUCAGUUUGCUGCGUGCUCUUCAUGUUGGUCGGGAUACCGGGCAAUCUGAUUACCAUUAUUGCUUUGGCAAGAUGUAAAAAGGUUCGUAAUGCGACAGCGGUGUUUAUAAUGAACUUGUCGUGCUCCGACCUUCUGUUCUGCUGUUUUAACUUGCCACUAGCUGCGUCCACAUUCUGGCAGCGGUCAUGGGCGCACGGUCGCACGCUCUGCAGAAUGUUCCCGCUUGCGCGAUAUGCCCUGGUCGCUGUAUCUCUCUUCACUGUGCUGGCUAUUACGAUAAACAGAUACGUCAUGAUAUCACAUCCAAGAUUAUACCCCAAACUCUACAAACGUCAGUACUUAGCAGUGAUGGUUGCCAGCACUUGGAUAUUCUCCUUUGGUGCUCUGAUAGCGACAUGGCUUGAAAAAUGGGGUCGUUUUGGACUAGAUCAGUCCAUCGGAUCCUGUUCCAUUCUACCGGACAGCAGUCACAGAUCGCCGAAAGAAUUUCUUUUCGUCGGAGCUUUCAUGCUUCCCUGUCUGGCGAUAGUCAUCUGCUACGCAAGAAUCUUUUGCAUCGUCAGGGAGGCCGCGAAAAGAUCAAGAGCACCGGCACGAGGAAGACCUAGGGCUGUACCGGGUCUCGAAGAUUCCGCCAUGGGAUCCGCGUCGACAGCACUAGAGCGAUCUCCCGGUCCCGAAAAUGGUGUCAAUCACGCCGCUGCUCCCCCUAAAAGGGCGUUAUUGGCACCGCCUGCUCUACAUUGUCCACCUACUCCAGGCCCGGAACGUUCGUCGUCUUCAGGCGUAGAUACCCUCGAUGGCCAUGAUGAGGAAUGCGUUCUUGAUGGGAAACCGCGAACACCCAGCGGUGGGGAGACUGCUAAGCGACUGCGACUAGCAGCCGUAGCUCUAAGACGGUCACCUGCACCAGUGAGGCCACCUCGAUUGACUCCCAAAGACAGGAAACUUCUGAAAAUGAUUAUGGCGAUCAUGCUGUCCUUUUGGGUGUGCUACUUGCCCAUAACUUUGACGAAGUUAUUCCGCGAAUUCACCUCGCACCCUGCGGCAAACAUCGCUGGGUAUUUGCUGAUAUAUUUAACGACGUGUAUCAAUCCUAUCAUCUACGUAGUGAUGUCGAGCGAAUAUCGACAGGCGUACAAGAACUUGCUCAUGUGUCGUAGAAAGGCGUGACGAUCGCCCGGCGAAGGCGUCUCCGAGAAACGCCCGCCGUGACUAGUCGUGACUCACUGAACAAAUCUGUGCGUAAACAUUGAUAAAGUAUUACAAAGAUUCGUUUGGUGUAAACUUGGUGAAUAGACUUCGAACGAUGUGAAUUACGUCUGAACUUUGCUGCAUUUAUUUCCUAAAUUAAGUUGAAAUGUAAGCGUGCCGUCCGUGAUUGUGUUAAAUGAAUGAAGUGAGUAAUUGUGUCAAA